AUGUCCCAACCGAAAAAUCUUUUCUUCAGUGCACUUUUGCUCUUCGUUGUUUUACUCGUGACAAGAGUUUACUCUUUUGAUCCCGCCCAGGUAGAUCCCAAAACCAAAGCCACUUGGUGUAAUGAUCAAAUGGCUACCUGUACAAACAUUUGUAAUGACAGUGGUAGUGGGGGAGUAAGGACCAACUUUUGUAAAGCAGAUACACUUGAAUAUUCCUGUAUCUGUUCAAAUGGGUUAACACCAAACUCUACUGAAUACACCCAAACCAUUCCAUACUUUAUGUGUAUUGCUGAUCAAGAGACAUGUACAAAAGGCUGUGGUCCCGCUGCUCAAGAUUGCGUUAACGGUUGUCAGAAAAAUUGCACUGCUACAGUUAUCAAACCUGCAAAUGGACCCCCAACUACCGUUGGUGAUAAUGGAAAAAUUCCUGAUAAUUCCGCUUCCACAAAUAAACCAAAGAAUCCUAAUACUCUUCUUAACAGUGCCUCUUUCAUGAUACCCCCCAUUCAAGGAAGUUUCUGGUUAUUAUUUACUCUUGUUAUCACUGUCUUGAGUCGCGUAAAUUCAGCAUAA